AUGGUUUACAGUGAUAAGAUUUCUACACAACUGAUUAUUAUAGUAGGAGCGCUUUUGUCGAGUUCUAGUUGUCAGAAUAUUGUGGAUUUGGCGCGAGAUUUUGAAACGACUUUAUUGAAUACAAAAUUACCAGAUACGCCCGAAUUCUUAGACGAAUAUGAUUUUAUUAUUGUUGGCGCUGGAUCAGGAGGAUGUGUUGUGGCUAAUCGACUUUCAGAGCUACACAACGCCACAGUUCUGCUUUUGGAAGCUGGCGAUCAGGAAACUUUCCUCAGCGAUGUUCCACUUACAGCUGCAUUGACUCAAAUGACGCGGUACAAUUGGGGCUACAAAAGCGAUCCGACACCAAACGCAUGUCGAGGUCUAGAAGGCGGAGUUUGCAAUUGGCCAAAAGGUAAGGGUGUGGGUGGAACCAGUCUCAUUAAUUUUAUGUUGUACUCACGGGGACAUCGCAAGGAUUACGAUCAUUGGUCAUCUUUGGGCAAUAGCGGAUGGAGUUAUGACGAUGUAUUACCAUAUUUCAAGAAGUCGGAGCAUAUUGAUAUAGAUCAUUUAAGAGAUUCUAAAUUCCAUGGCACCAAUGGACCAUUAAACGUGGCAUAUGCGAAUAUUGCUAAAUCGACACUGCUGAAGGCUUUUCUUAGGUCCAGCAAUGAAGUGGGUUAUAAUAUUACCGAUCCCAAUGGAGAAAGUCUAAUGGGGUUUGGGAGAGCGCAGGCAAAUAUUCAAAACGGCCGGCGGUGUAGCACAAGCAAAGCAUUCAUAAAGCCUGUAUCACAUCGAAAGAAUUUAUCAAUAUCUAUGAAGUCCUGGGUGACCAAAAUUUUAGUGAACAAAUCUAAAAACAUCCGCUCCAGACCAAAGGCGAUUGGCGUAGUAUUCAUGAAAAAUCGUAAGCGUCACAUUGUUCGUGCUAAAAAAGAAGUAAUAUUGUCAGCCGGUGCAAUUGCAUCACCCCAGUUGCUAAUGUUGUCAGGCAUAGGCCCUAAGGAAAAUCUACAAAGACUGAACAUAACAGUUAUAAAGGACUUACAAGUUGGUUUCAAUCUGCAGGACCAUGUCACUUUGAAUGGCAUAGUCUUUUCCAUAAACGAAACCACAAUUAAUGAUCAAAAAGUUAUAAAUUCCGCCGACAUCUUAAAGUACAUAUUACAUGGUCAAGGCCCGUACACGAUUCCUGGGGGAGCCGAAGCUCUGGCAUUUGUAAGAACGCCUAGUUCUAAUUUCGAUUCAGAUUAUUCAGAUAUGGAAAUCGUGCUUGGUGCCGGUUCACUGGUAGGUGACUACAUGGGAACGAUGAGAAAUUUAAUUGGAAUUACGGAUACAUUUUAUCGCAGCGUCUUUGAAGAUUUUCGACAAAAGGAAACCUUCGGCAUGGUUCCCGUUCUAUUAAGACCUAAGAGCAGAGGGCGUAUUUCAUUACGAAGCACUAAUCCGUUUCAAUGGCCAAUUAUGGAACCCAAUUUUAUGCAGGACCCCGAUGACAUAACGGCAAUGAUUGAAGGAAUAGAAAUAAUAUUACAAAUAGGUCAGACAAAAUCUAUGAAACACAUCGGUACACAGAUCAAUACAAAGAAAUUUCCGGGUUGCGAAAAUUACCCUUUUGCAAGUAGAGAUUAUUGGAAAUGUUGUUUGCGACUUUACGGAUCCAGUCUGCAACACCAGUCGGGUACAUGUAAAAUGGGACCACAUAACGAUCCAGAUGCCGUAGUAGAUCCAGAGUUAAGAGUCCAUGGUAUCGAUAAUUUGCGAGUGGUAGAUGCGUCGAUAAUGCCGACAAUUCCAGCCGGCCACACCAAUGCAAUUGUCAUCAUGAUUGCCGAGAAAGCUUCGGACAUGAUAAAAGAUUAUUGGAGAACUACUGUAAAAUAA